AUGGCUAAUCCUGGAGGGGGUGCUAUUUGCAAUGGAACUGCUCUCAAUCACAAGAAACAGAGCAAUGGCUCUCAAAGUGAAAAAUGCAGCAAGAAUGGCAUAGUCAAAGAAGCUCAGCAAAAUGGGAAGCCUUGUUUUCACAAGUCUUCUGUUGAGGUCUUAGAAGAAGCGCCUCUUUGUGCUUUGGUUUUAACUUACAUGAGCUAUGGAAUUGGAACCCUGUUUGGUUAUCUGAGAGAUUUUAUGAGAAACUGGGGAAUUGAGAAGUGCAAUGGAGCUGUCGAAAGAGAAGAACAAAAAGACUUUGUGCCACUGUAUCAAGACUUUGAGAAUUUCUUCACCAGAAACCUGUAUAUGCGAAUCAGAGAUAACUGGAACAGGCCCAUUUGCAGUGAACCAGGGCCUUAUUUUGACAUGCUGGAGAGAGUGUCUGAUGACUAUAACUGGACAUUCAGGUUCACUGGAAGAAUCCUCAAAAAUGUCAUCAACAUGGGCUCCUACAACUUCCUUGGUCUCACAGCCAGUUACACUGAGCAAGUGAAGGAGGUUUUAUAUAAGUACGGCGCAGGGGUGGCCAGCACCAGACUUGAAAUGGGCAACAUGGACAAACAUAAGGAGUUGGAAGCACUUGUGUGUAAGUUUCUUAGUGUAGAAGACGCAAUGAUCUUUGGGAUGGGAUUUGCAACUAAUGCAACAAAUAUCCCUGCACUAGUUGGAAAGGGAAGUCUCAUUGUAAGUGACGAAUUAAACCAUGCUUCUAUAGUCAUGGGAUGCCGGAUCUCAGGAGCAACCAUAAGAUGCUUCAAACACAAUGAUAUGGAAAGCCUGGAGAAGGUACUGAGAGAUGCUAUCAUCUAUGGCCAACCACGAACUGGCAGAGCUUGGAAAAAGAUUCUCAUCCUGGUGGAAGGCAUCUACAGCAUGGAAGGUACUGCUGUAAAUCUUCCCGGGAUUGUGGCACUAAAGAAGAAAUACAAGGCUUACCUCUACAUUGAUGAAGCUCACAGUAUUGGAACCAUGGGUGCAACUGGCCGAGGUAUCCGAGAAUAUUAUGGACUGUCCCCUGAUGACAUAGAUGUAUACAUGGGCACAUUCAGCAAGAGCUUUGGAGCUGUUGGAGGCUACGUAGCAGGGAAAAAGGACAUUGUGGAUUAUUUACGAGUACACUCACACAGUGCUGCUUAUGCUACAUCCAUGAGCCUUCCAGUAGUUGAACAAGUCAUUCAGGCAAUGAAGUUCAUCAUGGGCUACGAUGGAUCCACAGAGGGAGUACAGAGACUACAGGCUCUUCACAGAAAUAUAAACUACUUCAGACAGAGACUGAAGAGAUUGGGAUUCAUUACCUAUGGCAAUGACAACUCCCCUGUCAUUCCUGUGCUCCUUUACAUGCCUAGUAAAAUAUCAGCUUUUGGAAGGCUUAUGUUAAAGAAAAACAUCGGGGUGGUUGUUGUUGGAUUUCCAGCUACUGCACUUGCAGAAGCUCGAGUUAGGUUCUGCGUAUCAGCUUUACACACUCGAGAAAUGUUAGACAAGGUGCUGGAAGCCGCCGAUGAACUGGGUGAUCUCCUGAACGUGAGGUAUUCCCGGAAUAAAAAGCCAAAGAACGGAGCACUCACAGAUGGGACAAGCUUUGAUGAUGGGGAGAAAUUUGAGGAGAUGAGUUUUGAACUUGAAGAUUAA